AUCAGCUGUAUACAUAAACAGCGGUCGUCCCUUUUCCUUCGUUGCCUAGUCUGAGCUGAGACUCUUCGUCUACUCCGACAUUACUCCAGUCGUCAUCAAACAAUGCUCAUUUCUUCCUCUUCUUAGUAUAUAUAUAUCCUUUUGCCUUCUUCUUCUCCUUCUCCCUAACCCGUUCAUGCGCUUAGAUAGAUUCAAACAUUGGCCACGAUGAACAUCAAGGCGUUACCGUGUCAUGUUUCAAUCUUCUACGAUAGGAACCGUCCGUUUCAGGAUAUCCUUCCUCGACCAGGACCCGUCAAAGUUAACUUGCAUCAGCGAACUCCUCCUGGCUCCACAAGUCUGAAAUUCAGGGUGCUCUGCGAUUUAACUGUCAGGAAAUGCUCUCCUGUUUUGGAGAGCACACUGUUGUCAAGGAAUGAAUUACUGCAGUCUUCGGAAUUGAUAACAGUUCCUGAUAUCUGGAAGGCAGCAGCAGACAAGUUUGGUGAUCGUGUAGCAUUGGUGGACCCUUACCAUGAUCCGCCAACAAAGCUGAGUUAUAGGCAGCUAGAGAAGGAAAUUUUGAGCUUUGCUGAGGGUCUAAGAGUUGUUGGCUUAAAACCUGAUGAGAAGAUUGCACUCUUUGCUGAAAAUUCCUGCCGUUGGCUUGUUGCAGAUCAAGGUAUAAUGACCACUGGAGCAAUUGAUGUGGUGCGCGGUUCAAGGUCAUCCACCGAAGAGCUUUUGCAAAUAUACAAUCACUCUGAGAGUGUUGCACUUGUUGUCGAUAAUCAUGAAAUGUACUCUCGAAUUGCAAAAACCUUCCACUCAUUAGCAAAAGCAAGAUUUGUCAUAUUACUUUGGGGGGAAAUGUCGAGUAUAACAAGUGACGGAAUAGACGGACUCCCCAUAUACAGCUAUUCAGAGAUCAUAGAUUCAGGAAAUGAGAGUCAUCUAUCAUUGAUGCAUUCAGAAGAAGGUAAGCAGUAUGUAUAUGAACCAAUCAACUCUCAUGAUGUUGCCACACUUAUCUAUACUAGUGGAACUACAGGCAACCCAAAAGGAGUUAUGCUUACACAUAAUAAUUUGCUUCACCAGGUUUUGAAUUUCUGGGAUUGUGUACCUGUUGUUCCUGGAGAUAGAUUCCUCAGCGUUCUUCCUCCAUGGCAUGCAUAUGAACGUGCAUGUGAAUAUUCAGCUCUUGCUUUUGGAACUGAGCAAGUAUACACUACUGUCAGACACUUGAAGGCAUAUUUGAAAAGUUAUCAGCCAAAUUAUCUUGUAUCAGUCCCUUUGAUAUAUGAGACAUUAUACAGUGGGAUUAUGAAACAGAUUAAUGCAAGUGGUAGGUAUCGUAAGCUCAUUGCCUUGAUAUUUCUGAAGAUCAGUUAUGCCUACAAAGAGUUCAAAAAUAUUUAUAAGGGUAAAUGCUUAACACAAGAUCAGAAACCGCCUUCUUUUCUUGUGUCAGCUUUAGACUGGUUAUUGGCUAGAUCCAUUGCUGCUCUAUUGUGUCCAUUGCAUAUCUUUGCAAAGAAAUUAUUCUACACUAAAAUUUGCUCAAAUAUUGGUAUAUCCAAGGCUGGAAUAAGUGGAGGUGGUAGUCUUCCUAUACACGUUGACAAGUUUUUUGAGGCAAUUGACAUAACUGUACAAAAUGGAUAUGGUUUAACAGAGGCGUCUCCUGUUGUUGCUUGCCGAUGGCCAAAUUCUAAUGUCAUUGGAUCAAUCGGAUUUCCCUUGGCGUACACAGAAAUAAAAGUUGUAGAUGUUGAAACGGAUGAGGUCCUCCCCCAUGGUUCUAAAGGCCUUGUCAAAGUCAAGGGACCACAGGUCAUGAAGGGCUACUACAAGAAUCCAAUGGCUACAAAGCAAGCUAUUGAUGAGAACGGAUGGCUAAAUACUGGUGAUCUUGGUUGGAUAGUUCCUCAUCAUUCUGUUGGGCGAUCUCGGAGUGCUUCAGGUGUUAUUGUUCUUGAAGGUCGUGCAAAGGACACUAUAGUCCUUUCAUCAGGUGAAAAUGUUGAACCGUCUGAGAUUGAAGAAGCUGCAAUGUGUAGCAAUAUGAUUGAGCAGAUUGUUGUCAUUGGGCAGGAUAAACGGCGCCUUGGUGCUAUUGUUGUACCAAAUAAGGAGGAGGUUCUUUCUGCAGCAAAAAAACUUUCAGUUAUUGGUUCUGAUGCCAUAGAAGUCAACAAGGAGAAAAUAGCUAGCCUCUUACAUGAAGAACUAAGAAAAUGGACGACGGGUUGUACAUUUCAAGUUGGGCCUCUCCUUGUCAUUGAUGAGCCUUUUACGGUUGAGAAUGGUUUGUUGACACCCACUAUGAAAGUUAAGAGAGACAAAGUAGCAGACUUGUACAAAGAGCAAAUAGACAGUCUAUACAUUUGACUUGCCUUAAACUUUUUGCAUUUGCAUACUACUUGAUGUAAUAACUAAACAGGUGCUUUGCAGGGUUUCUCUUGAUUUUUUGGUUUCUUAUGAAAUGCAAGGUGUUUAUUUGUAAAAGAUCACUAAGGUGGUGUUCAAUAUGUUUCAUCGAGUCAAGUAGUUUUUUUGCGGAAUCCUAUUAUAUACCAUUGAAUUUUUGUGAAUUUGGAAUUUUGGACAAAUUGUAGUGGAGUUCUUUUGUAUAAAACCAAUAUAGAAACAAUGUUUUUAUGGAUUUAUCACAACUUCAUGAUCAAAGCAUAUGAAAAGAAAUGUAAACACGGGAAGCAAAGUCACUCGCCAAAAAAGACUUGUAGAAUGGAGCUAGGCAGUCAUGCGCAGAAUACUCAUUAAAUUACAAGGUUUAUUUCGAACAACAUGGCAGGCAGUGCCAGCAAAUAUUCCAUUCGUGGGCUAACAAGCCU